AUGCGACUUUUCUUACACGGACAAUCCCCAACUUCUACACUGUUGGCACAAUUGAACGAUACCCGCCAAUCGAGGAUCACUUCUCUAUAUCUAUCAAGCUGGUCUUUGGUCAGCCCCAAAGCUGAGAACUCGCUUCUAUUGGCAUUCUCAGAAUUCUUUCGAGAACAUCAAGGAAUGACAGAAGUAAUUCUGCGGAAUUGUAGCGGUGAUAAUCUGAUGGAGUUGGUCAUCCUUAUUCUGGAUUCUUCCCCACAAGCCUUGACUAUUCGCUAUGACCAGCAGCAACAUCUGCCGUAUUCGGUUGCUCAAGCAUUUGUGCAUGGAUGUCAAUCCCGAAUUCAACGACUGAAUUUGCAGGGCAUCACGCUCGACACUGAUUUGCUUGAAGCUUUCGAAUUCUCUCUUCCAGAAAAGUUUCGGAACCUUGCAACUCUAAGCAUCAAGAGCAAUCUUCUUCUUCGCGACGCAGACCAAGGAGUGUCUAUACUGGGCCAAGGGAAUGAUUCAGAGUCAUACUUUGCUGUCGAAGAUGCUGCAAACCGACUCAGUAGUCUCUUGCUGGAGCUUCCUAAUCUAGAGUGUUUAGAAUUGGAAAAUUGCCACUUGAACGACGAGCAAUUGGCCAUGUUGACCGAUGCCGCUCUUUCCAGUUGCGAUAUGCGGAUCCUGAAUCUCAGCGGAAAUCAAUGCCAAGAAGCUACUAUGAGCAUCCUCAGCAAGCACCUGAGCCGUCCAGAAGCAACCAUGGAAACUUUGGAUUUGACUUGGCAACGCCUACCUAACGAAGCUGCUUCAACACCGCUUCCUCGACCCACCAUGAUUUCAGUACCAAAAUUCCGAACGACUCAGCCCAUGAAUGGAAUCGCACUACUGGCCAUAGCAUUGAGGACCAAUUCCUCUCUCAGGAACUUGAUCCUAUCCGAAAACAAGAUUCGAGAGGGUGAUAUCGAAAUGCUUACUGAAGCAUUGGUAGUUAACAACACUCUGGAAUCCUUGGAAAUGAAGGAUUGCCGGCUCAGAUCCAAUUCCUUGCGCUGCUUGGCAAAUUCUUUACCAAAACUCCGACUCAAGACUCUACAAAUCGAUGGUUGUCAAAAGCUCUCCCCUCGACAUGAAGAGAAAGCGCUGCGGUCGUUAUUUCUCGUGCCACUCGCGAAGAAUCAACACAUGGAAGACCUAGGAAUGAAUUAUCGAUCGCAGUCAAUAGAUUGGCUUUUGGACUGGAAUCGAUCAGGUCGUCCAGAAGUAGAUCAGAGUCUAAUCCCUUCCAGCCUGGGCCCCACAAUUGCCGGAAUGCAGGGUCAUCUAUUCCAAAUGAUCACAUCGUAA